AUGUCGGGUCAAUGGACAUUGUCCUGCUCCGCACUGGCUGCCGCCGAGAGUCUCGGGCUGAACCUGGACCCUAGCGACUGGAGACUGCCGCGGUGGGAGAUGCAUCUGCGCAGGCGGCUGUGGUGGAUUGUGUAUAUUGAUCAUAUCUGGUCUGCGCUGGUUCUUGGACGUCCGUCCCAUGUGAAGGAUGAGAAUUGGUCUGUUUCGAAGCUCACUCUGGAGGAUUUGGAGGUGGAUGAGCACGGGUCUUCAGAGGUGGGAAAUCACAUCCGCGGUCAGAGUGCGUAUUUUCUUUCUCUGUGUGACUUGACGGGGAUUGCGAGCGAUGUGUUGAGUCGUCUGUAG